CGCUGCAAGGCAUUGCAUUUCGCCCUCAUCCUGCGAUUUCAAUUGUGGGUUUGGCUCUCGCCAAAAGAAAAUCAAAUGAAAAAGCGACGACAAACAGCGCGGGUCGCACCAGGCUUGUUGUUUGUUGUGAUCGGUUUCCGGCUGUGUGACGUCGCGGCAUGGAUGCCGUUGCAGUUACCUUCUCGAAAGACCACAGCGCAACUAAUGGUAGGAAAUUUUGGCGGAGGAAAUGAAAAGGGUGCAAAGCUGUCAACCUUGCCGAGGGACGUCAAGGAAGCCGUAAAAAGUUGCCGUGAAGCGACGCAAGAAGCUCUCAAGAAUCGUAUAAGUCGUAUGGAUAUUGAGUUUCCAGUGGGUGCCAAAUUCAACAUAGAAAAGGGCGAAGCAAGACGCAAUGCAGGAGAGACUCCUACAAAGGACGAACUAGAUCGAUCUGACCGCGAACUUGCACGUUUAUUCGUUGACAUGUUCCAACCCGUGGGUGGCGAUCGGAUCGCUGUGGUCUUUGCGGACGUGAGUGCUGCCGACAAGGCUCGCAAAACGUGGAAGGGAGAUACGACGGCAAUAUGCAAUAUUGUCUCACUGGAUCGCCGAAAAUCACAGGCGAGCAAAAAGAAAAAGAAAAACUCAAAAGGUUUCGCUGCCAAGCUAGCUGCGGAGGUCGAAGGCGAAAUGGACAUGUCAGGGCCGUUUCGCUUGCCAGGAAAAACGGAAGUAGCCUUGUUUGUAGCUCCCGGUCCGAAAGAGCUGAUUACAGUUGAAAAGAUAUGUCAGGAAGUUGGUAUGGAGACACUUGUCGUCCUUCUCAACGCACGGCUAUCGGCAGUAUCGAAUUUUGGUUCGGCCGCAACAGCGGAGCUUUUCUUAGGCAAAUUUGAGUCUGUCUUCAGCUUGACGGCGGGCCCGCAAGAUGCGGCGCCCGGAUGUUUGCUCUAUCGCGCGUAUCCAGGUCGCUGGGUGGUGGCACGAAAACCUGCGGUAGGUCAACCGAAGGCAGUAUUGGAGCAGUCUGAAAAACCGACUCCGGACCAAGUACGAGUUGCUUUUGAUACAUUGGAAUUGACAGAUAUUGAGAAAGGAGUUGAGAGUGCUAUUGAGAACGUCGCUGGAUGGUUUCGCUAG